AUGUCGAAUGUCAAUUUCGACGAGGAUUUUGGUAUGGGGGACACCUCAUUGGACUCUAGUCCUGAUGGAGAAGCUCUCCUUUGUGAUCCGGUGAUAGAUAAUGAUAUAUCUAUCUCGUUUCCCGAGGGCUUCUUCAUCAAUCCUUUUGCCGUCAGUUUUCCCGGGGAUCUUCCUUGCUUCAAUCCAAUCUCUAUGGAGCGGGACCCUGCUUCUUCCUUCAUCAAUCCUUUCACCGUUAGUGAUCCUGGAAAACGCCCUUACUCUGACCCGACAGUUUUGGGGAGGGCCCCUGCUCCAUCCUCUUUCAGUCUACCGAAGACUGUAAGCCACUCACAUCCUGUGCAGGGUGGAAGGGUGGAGAAGACCCGACCUAUAUCAAAUAUCUCGAAUGCGAGUACUAAGGUGUCGUCUCCCGUGAAUGUCCUCGAGCAGAAGGCUACGGGCUCAACGGCUGAAGUCAAGAAAUCAUCAAAGGCCAAAUCAAAUACGAAAUAUGGGACUGAGAUUCACUUUGUUGACAUGACAAACAAGAAGGAAGCGCAACGCAUUCGAAACACGAUGAAUUCUCGAAAGCAUCGUCAGAAUAAACUGGAGAAAAUCAGAGAGUUGGAAUUGAAGCUAGCUGCUCUUGAGGAUGAGAAGAGCACCUGGCAUGAUAGAGCCAAGGACUUGGGAUGGAAAAAGUAA